AUGGAGGGGCACGCAGGCUCCCCGGGCCAGCCCCCCGCCCGUCCGGUGGCGUCGGUGCUGUUCCGCGGCCCUGUAGAGCCGAUCAUCUUCCUUGCCAACUUCGCCUUAGUCCUGCAGGGUCCUCUUACCACGCAGUAUCUCUGGCAUCGAUUCAGUACCGACCUCGGUUACAAUGGCACCCGCACCAGGGCCAGCUGCAGCAAUCACAGCGUGGACCCCGCAAUGAAGGAAGUGGAGACCCUCACCUCCCACUGGACCCUCUACAUGAACGUAGGCGGCUUCCUAGUGGGGCUUUUCUCGUCCACCCUCCUGGGGGCCUGGAGUGACUGCGUGGGCCGCCGCCCGCUGCUAGUGCUGGCCUCAUUCAGCCUGCUGCUCCAAGCCGUGGUGUCCGUCUUUGUGGUACAACUAGAGCUCCACGUUGGCUUCUUCGUGCUGGGCCGCAUCCUUUGUGCCCUCUUCGGCGACUUCAGUGGCCUCUUGGCAGCUGGCUUUGCCUCCGUAGCAGAUGUCAGUUCCAGCCACAACCGUACCUUCCGAAUGGCCCUGCUGGAGGCGUGCAUUGGGGUGGCAGGGAUGCUGGCAAGCCUUCUGGGGGGUUACUGGCUGAGGGCCCAGGGUUAUGCCAAUCCCUUUUGGCUGGCCUUGGCCUUGCUCAUAGCCAUGACUCUCUAUGCAGCAUUCUGCUUUGGCGAGACCGUCAAGGAACCAACACGUGCCCGACUCUUCACGCUCCGUCACCACCGAUCCAUUUUCCAACUCUAUGUGACUCCAUCCCUGGAGAAGUCUAGGAAACAUUUAGCCCUGUACUCCUUGGCUAUCUUCAUUGUAGUCACUGUACACUUUGGGGCCCAGGACAUCAUGACCAUCUAUGAGUUGAGCGCACCUCUCUGCUGGGACUCAAAGCUAAUUGGUUAUGGUUCUGCGGUUCACCAUAUCCAGUACAUCACCAGUCUGCUGGGCCUACGGCUUCUUCAACACUGCCUGGCUGACACUUGGGUGGCUGAGAUAGGUCUGGCUUUCAACAUCCUGGGGAUGGUGGUCUUUGCAUUUGCUACCAUCACACCCCUCAUAUUCACAGGGUACGGGCUCCUCUUCCUGUCAUUGGUCACUACACCUGUCAUCCGAGCCAAGCUCUCCAAACUGGUGGGCAAGUCAGAGCAGGGUGCUCUCUUUUCUGCUGUGGCCUGUGUGAAUGGCUUGGCCAUGCUGACAGCUUCCAGCAUCUUCAACUCACUCUACCCAGCCACGUUGAACUUCAUGAAGGGGUUCCCCUUCCUCCUGGGUGCUGGCCUCCUCUUCAUCCCGGCCAUACUGAUUGGGGUGUUGGAGAGGGUUAAUCCUCACAGUGAAUUCCAACCAUUUCCCUGA